AUGAUGGAGACGAGCCUCGUUAUCAAUAGAGGGGUCGAAGCCAACAGCACAACACCCUCAACAAGCGAUGGGUUGAAUUGGAGCCGAAACCAUCAUCUUCCUGGUGCUGGAUACGGAAGCCGUCUGCCGACACCCGAAUCUAGCUCGAGUGGAAAGACACAAUUUGUGCCAGAUGCAUCAGGCUUGUCAGCUCAGUCUAGUGAUUUCGACACUACGGGUCAAAUUGCGCCCCCAGGAACGAAGCCACGAGUAACAGCGACAUUAUGGGAGGACGAGGGUAGUUUAUGCUUCCAAGUUGAGAUCAGGGGCAUCUGCGUAGCACGCAGGGAAGACAACCACAUGGUUAACGGCACUAAGCUGCUCAACGUCGCAGGCAUGACGAGAGGGCGACGUGAUGGCAUGUUGAAAAGUGAAAAGGUGCGCCACGUAGUUAAGAUUGGUCCAAUGCAUUUGAAGGGCGUUUGGAUUCCCUUCGAGAGAGCACUUCACUAUGCAAACGCGGAGAAGAUCACCGAGCUCCUUUAUCCAUUAUUUGUACACAAUAUUGGAGCCCUUCUUUACCACCCAGUGAACCAGAACCGAACUACGCAAGUUAUGCAGGCUGCUGGCCGUCGCCAGCGGGACAACGUCGAGCAUCCUAAAGCAGUUCCUCUCCGUUCUCUGCCGCAUCCUCAUGACCAUCCAGCAGACGGCCUCCCGUCACAGCAACCUCCGUCUUUCAUUAGCCGUCCUUUAUUAGACAGAGCACACACAUUCCCCACGCCUCCUGCUAGUUCUAGCACAAUAAUAAGCUCGAUCUCAGAGGACUAUUCCUAUCGGCCACACAUCUUACAAUCAGCUGAGAACCACAAGACUGAGAUGCAAGAAUUGGAAGUUAAGGUUGAGGACAUGAGCUCUCCAGAGAAAGAUUACAACAAACAACCCUCGCUGAUGAUGCGACGCGAAGACGAGCAAACCCAAGGGAAUUAUCCGCCAAAUACAGUGACCGAGGCACUGGAGAUCGCGCGUGACAGCCCAGACGGGGCGUCAGACCCAGUGGUCAGCAAAGUUCUCGAGUCGACGCUCGAGCAGCUGUGGGGCCGCGUCACGGCGCAGCCCGAGAGCUACAUCAUGUCGAGGGACGAGUUCGCUGUAUUCAACUUCUACCAGCACAGGUUCGUGGGCAACAAGCUAGCUUUCGCCGCGAGGAUGAGAUUCUGGGACAAUAUCUACGCAAAUCGAGGCCCGCUUACUGCCGACAGUGUUAGUACUAGAACCAGCUCCGUCAGUGAGAAUGAAGGAACUAUCUACGAUGGAACCACAUGGUAUGGACCUACGUGGUUGUCCACGACCUCAGAUAUGGUUGUCUGUGAAGCCUAUCUAUAUAAUCCUUUGGAAUCGGAAGCAGUCAAGAAGGUGAUCCACGCUUUCCAGGAGCAUCAAGGCAAUUCUGAUAGGAUCGGAGGACCAGGCUCCCAGUCAUGGAGCCCUUCACCUUCUGCCUCUCAGACUGGUCAAAGGGAGGGUUCGAAACGGAAGUUAGGAGAUGACCAGACGCAAAGAGACCAAGGGCCAGUGGCAAAGAAGGGCCGAAAACAAGUACAAGAUGGACAACCCCGACUUGCUUGUCAUUUUCAGAAAAUGGACCCAGUUAAAUGGGCUCGCUGUGGUAUGCGUGAGGCUGGCUUUGCCAGAAUAUCCGAUAUCAAACAGCAUUUCAGGAGACACCACAUGCGAGACCCAAACUACUGCCCUAUAUGCGGAGUAACAUUCCCAUCGGAGGAAUUGAAAAACGACCAUAUCCGGCAGUCUCGUGCCAACCCCGGCAUGUGCCCGGAGCGCUCCACACCCCACCUCCCAGAUGGACUCUCACACGAUAAACUUCGGCUUUUGACUGAGAGAGUCAAGGCAUCAUUCGAUAUUUCUGAACAAUGGUACAGCAUUUGGGCCAUACUAUUCCCAGAUGUUGCGCCACCACCGGCCUACACAUACGAUCUCUCCGACAGACUGCACAAUUCUGUGCGAGAUUUGUGCUUAUUUCUGGGAACUGAAGGUCCUGCGAUUGGACAGUCCGUUUUGGAACAGGAAAAUGUCAUCAUCGGCCCCUCGAGUGCUGCCAAUGUCGAUUUGGCAGAUUUCAACAUGGAAUCGUUUACCAGACGGGUACUUUCUAGGGUAUUUAACGAGACUGUGCAAAGCUGGAUUGCCCAAGAGAGCUCUGAGAGGAGUCGGCAGACUGGCCGCCGCCUAGACACCGGAUCCGCGGGUCAAGCGAUUAUGGCUAUACCACUGACGCCUGUCUCGGGCUCGAGCAACAGCAAUCGUGUUUCAACCUCCCCUAGGAGAUCAACUCCUCCAGGAUGA